GUUCAAAAACACUAGUACCACGAGUGCUUACAGUGGUUAGUACUGCUUUAGAUCAGGGAGGCUAUUAAGUUUAAGUUUAAUUUGAUGGAUAAUACAGGCUUACGCUGAGUAAUACCAGGUGGACAAGGACUAAUAGUCUGCUUAUUGUAGGUAAAGAGGAUUUGUGUCCAGAUCCCCAGACAGACCCCUGCUUUGCUGUUAAAGACAGGAAAAUCCGGAAUGUCCAAUCCCGCACUGGACGCUCAUCAAACCAAUGCCCAAGCGGCCCGUCCGGACCAGACCGAGAGCAAUGGGUCAUCCGCGCCAUCACCCCAAGCUUUGAGGAAACCACCUGGGCAUCUGAAGUUGGCAUGCAGCCUUUCUAAAUCAGACUCCGACCUGCUGGCUUCCCCUCAUUGUGAGGACGACGGGCCUCUAGGUGGCCGGAGCGAAUCCCUGUCCAACUGUGCCGAUGAGAGGAAGGAAAUGGAGCAGAUGCCUUCGUUUGCCUCUGAAUGGGACGAGAUUGAAAGGAUCAUGACUCUAAUUACCGGCAUCGAGAUCUCCAAGGAGAAUCAACCUGUAUUGGAAGAUGCAGCUGGGAGCCGUGUGCUGGAGCAAUCGGUGGGGGAGUGGCUGGAACAUGUGGGCUUUCCUCAGUACGAGAGCAAACUGGUGCUCAAUGGCUUCGAUGACCUGCGCUACAUGGGGAGCAACGUGAUGGAAGAUGAGGACCUUCAGGAAAUUGGCAUCACUGACCCAGGCCACAGGAAGAAAAUCCUUCAUGCAGCAAAAAGCUUUCCGAAGGUGAAAGCUCUGGGGUGUGACGGAAGCACCUCUCUGUCCUCAUGGCUGGAAAGUUUAGGCCUCGGAGAAUAUCUGCACAACUUCCUGUCUAGUGGCUACCGCACCCUGGACUGCGUGAAGAACCUGUGGGAGCUUGAAAUUGUCAAUGUGUUAAAAAUUGGCCUUCUUGGUCACAGAAAAAGAAUCAUAGCCUCGAUAGCAGAGCGACCGUAUGAGGAAGCACCUUCAAAAUCCAACCGCUUUUCCCAGCUCAAGAUUCAGGACCUGUUGUCUCAGAAUACGUCGCCGCUCAGUUAUAUGGACCCGUACACCAGUCGCUCCAUGGACAUGCUGCUUCCACUGGGAGAAUCAGGCAGAAAGAGCAGAGCAUUGGAUCAGGAUGGCAGUAUCUCCCUUCGCUCCUUUGGUGAAAGGUCACGCUCACAUGACCGUCAUGCAGAUCGUCACUCACGUCCACAUAUUCGCCCUUCCAGCCACUCUGCCACAUAUACCACUGUCUCCACCUGGCACCAUCACCCUGAGAAACUUAUCACAGAGUCCUGUGUUUAUGAGGCCAGAUAUUUAGGGUCUGUGAUCAUCCGAGAUCUACGAGGAAUUGAAUCUACACAGGAGGCCUGUGCUAGAAUAAGGAAAUCAAAGGAUCACCGAAAAGGCCCCGUUAUAAUUCUGAAUAUCACCUACAAAGGAGUCAAGUUUGUUGACGCAGCCACAAAGGCGCUGGUUGCAGAGCAUGAGAUCCAGAACAUCUCGUGCGCGGCCCAGGAUCCCGAUGACCUUUGCACAUUUGCGUACAUCACAAAAGACCUGAAGUCUGGUUACCACUUCUGCCAUGUCUUCACUACAGUAGAAGUGACACAGACCUAUGAGAUCAUCCUGACGCUGGGACAAGCAUUUGAGGUAGCAUAUCAUAUGGCUCUCCAGGCACAGAAGGCCCGUCGUCACAGUUCAUAUGCUGGUCCAGCCUCCGAAAACAUAGAAACCAAGACCAACAGGCCCACCUCGCAGUCCCGCAACAGUAUGAGUCGCCGCUCCACUGGUGCACCUGUGCUUGAAUGCCGCUGCUGUUACUGUCACACGUGCUCCGCCCACCGCCCCUCCUACCUCCCGCUGCCCUCUAUCAGCCCUGGAGUUCAGCUUACUCCACCUUUCAAGUUUCCGGACACCAAGGUGUGAAUUGAAGGGGACUCAGGUGAAACUUUAUGUGAGUCCAAAUGAGGAAGAAAUUGAGUGAGUAUGCGAGAGAGAAAGUGGAAUACAAAAUUAGCACUUAACUGCCGUACCAAACGGACUGUCCAAAGUUGCUCCUACUGCAAAAAUAAACUUGAAAAAGGACAUUACUCGACCGAUAAACUGAUUUGCUGGUGACGUGGAAAUGGACAUGACACGUCAAAUAUUAAAAUAUGAAGCAGCAUGAUAUUCAGUUUGAUUGAAUCUCACAAAGUAAUGUCGUAUUUCACCCCAAAAUCAAAGGUGAUAUUUUGCAUAGGCCUAUAGCAAAUGAAGCCUAGUUUUAGGACUAUUAAGAUUUUGGGACAUUAUUUUCUUGACACAUAUUCACUGCAAAUCAUGACUGUAAUGUGGGUGAAAAAAUAAAAAAUCUAUAAGAAUAUAUUAAAUAUAAGAUGCAACCAAAAUGUAUAGGCCUACUGACAGUUGUACUCUUCAAAUGUAGUCUAUUUUAUUUAAUAAUAAAAUAUAUUAUAUAAUAAUAUAUUUCUCAAUAUGAUGAAAAAGAUGUUGGGGGAAAUUUGCUUAAUUGCAAAAAAAAAAAAGUAUGGUCCUAAAAAUAGGUUUUAUUCGCCGCUUUGAUUUGAUUUUGGGAUGAUUCAGGCAUUUCUCAAGUUUUCCAUGAGAUUCACUCACUUCUAUUUUCAAAUAGCAAACGGAACUUUAUGGAAUUUCUGGAAAACUGGAAUUCUCUUUCCUGAGCACUGUGUGAACAUUAUGACAUUUUAGUGUUCAAUGUUUCCUCUUAAACUGUGGUUUAUUUUCAUAUGGAGAAGGACUUUGUGAGUGACGUUAGCUGCGUAUACCUAAAAAAAAAAAAAUGAAAAAUGAGUUUCUUGAUCUUUUUGAACUCUUUGUACAUUGUAGAACUGCUUGUUGAAGAUUUAUGGCAUAAUCAGCAAAAAGUGUAUAUGAAGAAUCCAGCUAAAUUAAAAUCAAAUCAAUGGUUGAUGCAAUGAUCUUACUGUGAAAUAGCGAAGAUGUAGCAUAUUUAGGCUAUUGAUUUGCCGUAUGAAAACAGAGCUGAAUUAAAUGUCACUUUAUGGCCACCUGUCACAAAGCCUAGCUGUUUAAGCAUCACAACAAGUGUUUUAUUUUUUUUUAUAGUUAGCAGGUUGUGUUUGUGGGCACAUAUGCUGCAGUGGAAUAGUUAGAAUGAUUUACAGAAAUGAGAAAGAAAAAAAAGAAAAAAUGCAAACCCCUCAGGCAACACUUCUCCCUCGCUUCCUCUUUGAAUUCACUUGAAUUUCUUUUGAACUUCACAUAAUUUGAGCAAAUAUUGACAAACAAUUUAACACAAAUUACAUUAGUAACCUCUAUUUUCCCUGGUUGGGAAGAGUACGAGGAUGUCAGAAACAUACCAGGAUCAGGGCUGAAUGCUUGCACUUGACAACACAAGAAAAAAUACCACUGUUGGCCUAUGUAGAAGGUAAAGUAACUACGAUUAAAAGAUGUCGAUUAAAUUUACUUUUUGUCCUGAAUGUUCAUACUAUUCUGUAUGUUCAUUCCAUUUAAGGAACAAUCAUUAUACUAUCUCAAUGCCAUUGAACUAAUAAAUUCAAGACUUUUUGCUCUA